AUGACUUCUUACAUGCAAUCAUCCUUUAGUAUUCAAACUAAGGCUAACUUUGACUUUUUAUAACAACCUAGUGAUUCUGAUUCAGAUGAUGAAUCAAAACAAAUGCUUAAAGGAACAUAAUAAUAAAAUUAACAGAGAGAUAUAAAAAAAUAAAAGAAACUUAUUGAUAUAGAAUCACUUAAAAGUGAAUUAGGAAUUAGACCAAUAAUAGAGAAUGUUAAUCCUGAAAAUUAUUAUCGUAGAUAUUCUAGAAAAAGUAUUGGGACAUUGACUAAUAUGAUAAUACCAACAUCAUCUAUUUUGAUUGAAUAAUUAAGUUAAAUAAAAAAGAUUAAGGAAAUAAAAAAAGAAGUACCUCCUGAAUUAUUAGGACGUAUUUAUUCUGAAUUUAGGUAUAAGAUAGAAUUCAGUUAGAUUUUAAUCAGUUCCUUAAUUGAAUCCAGUUUAUAGAUAGGGAGAUCAAAAUAAACGAUAUUAUAUAAUAUUAGAAGGGAAAGUAGUAGUGAUGAAACCAAAAGAGAAGAUGGUUGGAUCUAAUAAAUUGGAUUACAAAGAGAAUUAAGCAUAAAAACCUGCUAAAAAGACUGAGU